AUGCCUGAAACAAUAAUAGAGAGUGUCCUAUCUGGUAAAUUACAACGUGAUAUAUUGUUCAAAUGGUUGAACGACGAGCUAGUUGAGACGACGCCAGACGAUUGUAUAUUGCUGUGUUCUAAUAGAAAUGAAUUCGUUUCAUAUUUUCUCACUUUCCUCAGAGAUCAGACUGAGAGUAUUCUACAGACAAACACGAACUCGUUACCAACACCAUUCCAAGGUACUCCAGAGAAGAAUAGGAAGCAUCAUCGUUCUAUCAGUGAUCCGACCUGCGACAAUGACAAAUCAAAUGAAAGUACACAGAAAUCAGAAAGAAAGACAGAAGAAUCACCCAACAGAGAUAAAAAGAGGAACAGAAGAGUUAAAACGAAACUCUUCUCAGACGACAGAAGCAAAGACGCUUUGAAUUCAUCAGACGAAUUGAGAAUUAGCACUGGAAUUGAUAGACUGAUGCUAUCGAGUACACCGAUGAAGAAUGGUUUACGUGACAGCCCUAAUUCACCAGCCAGUCCAGUAACGCCACAGUCGAGGUCGUUUAGAGAAUAUGAAAGGUGUGACACCCCUAGGACGAGUAGGCAUUCAAGAUCACAAGACAAAAACGUCAGCCUAGCCGAUUAUUUAGUUAACAUCCAACCGAAAAGCGCGAAGAAGAAACGAUCCAAAAACACAUCUAAUGAUGACAGCGAUCCUAAAUUGGAUUUGGAUAUAAGUAACUCGGAAAUGUUCCCAGAGAUAGGUGCGAGGAAAUCAAGCUCAUUGAAAUCUGAAAGACGUAGGAUCAAACCAACGAACAUAGAUAAGAGCAAAAAGAGUUUUUCUCUAAACAGCUUUAAUGCUGAGAAUUUCCAGCAGCCAUCACCAUUGGCGCUAGAAGAAAACUUAGCUUUCAAACCUAAGUUACAGCCAAAAGAAUCAUCAAACUCAUUUGACGCUGAAAGGAAUAUACUUAAGCAGGAAAGACAGAAAUUAAUGGAGAAAUUCAAUGUUUUGAACACAACUUCAACUCCAAUAACGCCUUCGCAGAUUAAAAUACUGCGAAAAGAAGAACCCAGCGCUAUAUAUACAGAAGCUGAUAUCGCUAAGCUGACAUUCAAAGAAAAGAUAGAUAUUAUAGUCGACAUAUACGAUAUUCUAUUCAAAAAUAAUCUAAUAGUAUGUAUAAAUACGGAAAUAUAUUUCUUAAUAACGAUCCUUCUGUCGAAACAAUGCGAAGAUGAUAUCCGAACGUCAGAACGUCUACUAGAAACAGACUUGGCUAACAAUAUUUUAAAGCCUAUACAUAAUAGCACGUAUUUCGCUGUGAAAUCACUGUGGAAUCAGCGUAUAAUUCUAGAAGUUAUUCUAGACAAGAAUUCUCUGAAGAUUUUAGGAGAGAAUAAGAAAGUGCGAAGUUUUUCGCCAGAUUUAGCCAAAUUCCUGCUUAAUUCGUACGGUCUGAAAUGCGAAGCUGAAACGCAGGACAAAUCAAAAAAUGUUAGCCAGAACAGAUGCUCAAACGGCAUCAUUUGUUACAAUCACGAGACUGAUAAUGCUGAAAAUUUUCCAUCCAUAUUGAGCUUUCAGAAUUUCAAAAAACAGAGGGACAUGUUUUACGAAAUAUUAAGAUGGUAUCAAGAUACUCAAAGCACUGGCGUAUCUAGAUCUACGAUGCGCGCUCGGACUCGCGCCUUGAUAUCUACCGGUCCUAGCGCCGCUAACCACGCGCAUCUUGCUACACUCAUCACACACAUGUUGAUAGACACGGUGCCUGACAACGAACAGGAGUCGAAGUUAAGUAAACUACAGCGACGUUUGACAUGUUCUUCAUCAUCAGACUCAAACGCACUGCCGAGGUUUACAGACAGAGAGAUGUUUUACAAAGAAUUCAUAAUGUAUGCUGACAGCGAGAGUUUCCGAGUUCAUCUUUACCACGCGUUGGCUGCUGAGAUAAUAUCAUUGGAUUCUGUGGCUGUCGGUGGAGAUGCUUCCAAUGGUUCCGAUGUAUCCAAAGAGUUCCUACAGCUCUCCAAGAAGCUAGGUUUAUUAGCAAAAUUCCUAGGAUAUAUAACAUCAUUGCCAUAUGCUCAAGUGCCUAUAGAUAUUCUUCUUAAAACCGGGGCCUUUAACUUGAAAAAUCAGAAAGAAGAGAUAUUUACAGCUCCUGACGAAAAAGUACUUGAAAAUAGUAUAGCUUUAAGAAAUUAUAGCCAGCCACCGAUGGAUAUAAAAGGACUGUUGCUAAACGCCAAUCAAAAUGGGCGUCUGACUAUCACUAUACCAUGGAUAGUGCACUACUUAUCAAUGUUGGACUACACUACACUAAGAUUGAAGUACUACCAAAAUAUACUGAAACUACUUUAUAAUAUACACCAGAAGUUAAAUAUAACAUCAUUUAAGAAGAACACUGUUAUAUUUCUGAAGCUCAAUUUAGGCUGGUUAUUCGAUUUGCCACAUGUACCUCAAGAAGUUUUUUAUACUAAGAGCGACCCAAAUAUUGGUGUUAUCAGUGUAAUUGAUUGUGAAUUUGAUAUAGAAGAAAAUGUUUUACAAGAACUAUGCCCAUAUUUGAAAGAUCUCAGUAUAUAUUUAAGUACGUCCCGACUUAAUCAGGAUUCGAACCAGUUUGGCAGCUUUAGACAUAUAACACCGGUUAGUCUCAGCUUAAAUAAUGAAGACAGAAUCAAGAAUAAGGAAAAGGAAUUGCAGAUGCGUUUAGAAGAGGAGCUUAUUAAAAGCCAGCCAUCUUCGACGCGGAGAGUGUUAGAAUUGGUCACAGAAAGAGUUACAUCGGCAGCGGUUAAGGAACUAACGACUAAUACAUUAGUUGACGCGAGGAAGAAGGCAAGGACGGGCGCCGCGGCUAUAGUAGCUGGCUGUAGAGACAGGUCUGGUCUACUCGCCACCUUACACAGUCACUAUUCCUCGCACCUAAGUUCCCUUCGAGCCAAUGCACUAUCUUCCUCCCGAGCGAUGAUCAAGGCGCGUGUGACGUCAGCGCUGGCUGCCCUGCUGCCGAUGGCCCCGCCCCCUUUGAGGGCGGUAGUGGGCGGGGCUUGUUGCCAGCGAGUUGAUAAAUGGCUGACUCAGCAUUGGACUAGUACUGAUAUUCUAUGUAAGGACAUCAAGGCCGAAAUGGAGACGUUAUGCAGUGUUGGCCCGGGAGUAUCGACGGCCGGGGAGGUCGUUGACCUCGUGACCUGCAAUCUAGACGAAAUGAUGAGUCCGGCACAGGCAAUACUCGACCUUAAGGAACAAAUCUGCGUGACUCUAGAGGGCGGAGUCCCUUGUCUACAAGUGCUUCGCUCCUGUAAACUAGCCUGCGACUCCAGUAAUGUAUUCUGUCGCGCGCCAACGCUUAUUACCAUACUACAUCUAUCUGUGGACUUCUGUGUUGUUUACGUGAGCAGACACGGGUCGAAGGUUUUGAAUAUUCUGCCAGAGUUUAAAGCUCUAUGGGAACAGUGCUGCCCUCACAGGAAAAGAGUGGAACGAGAAGAAGACGAAACCAGAGAAAGAUCGCAAGAUAUAACAAAGUAUGAAGAUUGUUACUUCGAUAGAAUUUUAUGUCCGAGGAACAUUAUGUUGUUGAGUGAAACAAAAUCCAGUGACGUGUGGCCGGCCAUGGCUGAAAUAUUAGUGUAUUUAUUGAAGCAUAACUUCUUAACCGAAGACAGCCUCACCGAACAAUGCUUAGCUGUUUAUAAACAGGAUUGGCCACAGAACAUUCUUGAGAAUUUAUCAACAUGUAUGAGAACGGUGUCUUCAAAAUGGUCUUCAACGGGCAAAUUUACUUUAUUCCUUGAUUUCUUAGCAGAUUUUUGUAAUGAUAUGGAUUAUGACUUAAUAGAAUAA